CUCCGCUGCGGCGGGGCCCGCGCCGCCAUGGCCACCCUGCGGCGGGACGGCCGGGUGACCGCGCUGCAGCGGCUGGGCUGCGCGGGGCUGGCGGGCGCGCUCAGCCUGAGCCUGACGGCGCCGCUGGAGCUGCUGACGGUGCUGGCGCAGGUGGGCACCUGGCACUGCCGGCGGGGGCUGCGCGAAGCCGGGCGCUGCCUGUGCCGCACCGAGGGCCUGCGGGCCCUCUGGAAGGGGAACCUCACCGCCUGCCUGCGCCUCUGCCCCUACAGCGCGCUCCAGAUCGCCGCCUCCCGCCGAUUUGUUAUACUUUUCACGGAUGAGCUGGGUCAUAUCUCCCACUGGAGGGCCAUCAUGGCAGGAAGUCUGGCUGGCAUGGUUGCAACCAUCAUGACGUACCCCACUGAUGUGAUUAAAACGCGGCUCAUUGUGCAGAACCGACUGGAACCAUCUUAUGAGGGAAUUCUUCAUGCUUUUUACAAAAUUUAUCAUCAAGAAGGACUCCGUGCUCUCUACCGUGGUGUUUCACCAGCUAUAUUAGGUGCUGUCCCAUUUUCUGCAGGCUCAUUCUUUGUUUACAUCAGUCUGGACAAAAUCUGGCAAGAGCCCAUAGUUCGGUUCACUCCUCUCCAGAACUUCAUAAACGGCUGUGUAGCAGCUGGUGUGGCACAGACGCUUUCUUUCCCCUUUGAGACUGUCAAGAGGAAGAUGCAGGCCCAGAGUCCUUGGCUUCCCCACUAUGGAGGAGUUGAUGUCCAUUUUACUGGCAUGGCUGACUGUUUCCGGCAAACUGUGAAGCACAAAGGUGUGCUUGGACUUUGGAGGGGACUCACACCCAGUCUGCUCAAGAUUGUCCCAUACUUUGGUGUUAUGUUUAGCACCUUUGAAUUCUGCAAGCGGAUCUGUCUGUACAGAAAUGGUUAUAUUGAAUCUCCUUUAAAUUACAAGCUGACUCCUGGCGUGGACCAGAGCUUACGGCCACAAGAACUGAGAGAAUUAAAGCGCCUCCGAAGGGAAAAUUUUGAGCCAAGGAAAUCGGCUCUUGAAAGAACGAUGGGUGCAUAUGAAUAUCUGAUCAGCUCUUCAAACCUCAUAAGAGUCAACGCCGCCUCCCGCCUCCCUCGCCCGGCAUCGCCUCCCGCUCCCGCCGCUCCCGCCAUGACCGAUGCGGCCGUGUCCUUCGCCAAGGAUUUCCUCGCCGGCGGGGUGGCGGCCGCCAUCUCCAAGACCGCCGUCGCGCCCAUCGAGAGGGUGAAGCUGCUGCUGCAGGUGCAACACGCCAGCAAGCAGAUCUCGGCCGACAAGCACUACAAGGGCAUCAUCGACUGCGUGGUGCGCAUCCCGCGGGAGCAGGGCGUCCUCUCCUUCUGGCGCGGCAACCUGGCCAAUGUGAUCCGGUACUUCCCCACCCAGGCCCUCAACUUCGCCUUCAAGGAUAAGUACAAGCAGAUCUUCCUGGGCGGCGUGGACAAGCGGACCCAGUUCUGGCGGUACUUCGCCGGUAACCUGGCGUCCGGCGGUGCCGCCGGCGCGACCUCCCUGUGCUUCGUGUACCCCCUUGACUUUGCCCGGACCCGCCUGGCAGCGGACGUGGGUAAAGCCGGGGCCGACCGAGAGUUCAGCGGGCUCGGUGACUGCCUGGUCAAAAUCUUCCGCUCCGAUGGCCUCAAGGGCCUGUACCAGGGCUUCAGUGUCUCUGUCCAGGGCAUCAUCAUCUACAGAGCUGCCUACUUUGGCAUCUACGACACCGCCAAGGGCAUGCUCCCAGACCCAAAGAACACCCACAUCGUUGUCAGCUGGAUGAUUGCUCAGACGGUCACCGCUGUCGCUGGUUUGGUCUCCUACCCCUUUGACACGGUUCGUCGUCGCAUGAUGAUGCAGUCUGGCCGUAAAGGAGCUGACAUAAUGUACACUGGCACUCUUGACUGCUGGCGGAAGAUUGCCCGGGAUGAGGGCUCCAAGGCGUUUUUCAAAGGUGCAUGGUCGAAUGUACUCCGAGGAAUGGGUGGUGCUUUUGUCUUAGUCUUGUAUGAUGAAAUCAAGAAGUACACAUAAGUUGUUUCCUGUUGUGAACUGGCAUGUUGUUCUGUGUAGUCUAUGACCGUUCAUGGACUUGUUUGAAAACCAUCUAGUUACUAAACAGCGACGGCUGAUGUUUAUACAAGUUGGCACAGGGGCAGGGGCGAUGGCCUGCCCUGCCUUUAUUCCCCUUGAUGGGACUCAUGAUGGUUUCUAUUUCAGUCACUCCUGCUUAAAGAGUACAAAGAAAUAAAAAUCCGAAACCAA